CCCCCCCCCCCCCCGGAUUUUUCUCUCUCCUCAAUUUUCUUUUUUUCGAAUUUUAAAAAUAGAGCAUGAUUUCAUCACUACCAAACUAUUUAUAACUCCAUGCCCACAUGGGUAAAACUUUAAGAAAACCCAACCCAUUUGUGUGUGUUUUUUAAUCAACUCACGCCUGGAAGUUCAAGUUGUCAGAACAUAAAACCAAGGUAUUAGAAGGUGUGUGAAGCAAGAGAGAGAGAGAGAGAGAGAGAGAGAGAAUAGAAUAGAAGUUUGUUUUCGCUAUCCUGGGGUGUCCAAAGCUUUGGAAAUGGUGAGAGAGUGAAUUGGGUUCUCUUAGAAUAGUCAUUUUAGCCUUGGAUGGAUUUGCUGGGAGGUGUGUCUUCAUGGAGAAAAUCUAGGAGUAAAUGGCAUCAUUUUGAACACAGAAGAAGACAACACCAAUGUGCACAAACACAAACAGAUAUUGCAAAAGGAACAACAGCACAAGGAAGUUUCUCAAACAUGGCAUCUAGUUGGUGUAGGAUCUCCCCAAUCAUUCCCAUUUUUGUUUGGUUUCUUCUUGUUUUUUCUUUGGUUUGUCCGGUUCAUUCAUUGGAAACCAUUGAAGACCGUGCAUCCAAUCAAACUUUCCGGCCAAACGAAGAGUUGAAAAAGCUCAAAAUAAUAGCAUCUCGUCUCAGCAAGAUCAACAAGCCUGCUGUGAAGACAAUUCAGAGCCCUGAUGGUGAUAUAAUAGAUUGCGUUGUGUCUCAUCUACAACCAGCUUUUGAUCACCCUCAACUCAAAGGUCAAAAACCAUUGGAUCCACCGGAUAGACCAAAAGGCCAUAGCCCAUCAGGCAUGUUAGAAGAAAACGUUCAGUUAUGGAGUCUUUCUGGGGAGUCAUGUCCAGAAGGAACAGUUCCAAUCAGAAGAACAACUGAAGGAGAUAUGUUAAGAGCCAGUUCUGUGCGAAGAUUUGGAAGGAAACCAAGGAGACAUGUUAGAAGAGACUCCAGCAGCAAUGGCCAUGAGCAUGCGGUUGGGUAUGUGAGUGGAGAUCAGUAUUUUGGAGCAAAAGCUAGCAUAAAUGUGUGGGCACCUCGCGUGGCUAAUCAAUAUGAAUUCAGUUUGUCCCAAAUGUGGGUCAUCUCUGGUUCAUUUGGCGAUGACCUUAACACCAUUGAAGCUGGUUGGCAGGUUAGCCCAGAGCUGUAUGGGGACAACUAUCCUAGGUUCUUUACUUAUUGGACUACUGAUGCUUAUCAAGCAACUGGGUGUUACAAUUUAUUAUGCUCCGGCUUCGUUCAGACUAACAAUAGAAUUGCAAUUGGGGCUGCAAUUUCUCCCACUUCCUCGUACAAUGGUGGACAAUUCGAUAUUAGCCUAUUGGUUUGGAAGGAUCCGAAGCAUGGAAAUUGGUGGCUAGAAUUUGGAUCCGGAAUUCUGGUUGGUUACUGGCCAUCUUUCUUGUUCACUCACCUACAAAGUCAUGCAAGCAUGGUACAAUUUGGAGGAGAAACCGUGAAUUCUAGGCCAUCUGGUUUUCACACUUCAACACAAAUGGGAAGUGGACAUUUUGCAGGAGAAGGUUUUGGAAAAGCAUCUUAUUUUCGAAAUUUGCAAGUUGUUGAUUGGGAUAAUAACUUGAUUCCAUUAUCAAACCUAAGAGUCCUAGCAGAUCAUCCCAAUUGCUAUGAUAUACAAGGAGGAAUAAAUGGUGUUUGGGGGAAUUACUUUUACUAUGGUGGACCUGGAAGAAAUGUGAGGUGUCCCUAAUGGGAUUGGUACAAAGGUGGAAAGUUAUUUUGUUUUUUUUUUUUUUUCUUUUAUUAUUAAAUUGGGUUAUUUGGGUUUCUUCUCGAGAUCAUUCGGUGAGCUUGGGGUAUAAUAUGUUUACUUUGUUAAUCCAUUUUUUCUUUGUCAUUUCCUUUUUCUUUUCCUUUUUUUUUUUCUUCUCUUACUAACAGGUGAUUCAUUAAUUAUACCGCCUUUAGGGACUUGUGUAAAUUCGGAAAAAGAAAUAGUGAAUAUACUGUGGUUUGUGAUUUC